AUGGACGAGCAACACGAGAGUAGCCAGUUGUCGAUACAAGCUCUCUUGAGGAAAGUCGACAUGGAGUGGACAAACGAAAUGGCACUUCGUCUCAUUGAUGAAUAUGAGAAGUACCCAAUACUGUGGAAUUUGAAAGACGAAUUUCAUUAUUCGCGAAAUAAGAAAAUUGACGCGUGGGAAGCUAUUGCUAAAGUUUUUGGAAUGCAAAGCAGUCAAGCGAAACAAAAAAUGAAUAGUUUGCUAGCGUCUUUUCGCCGGGAAAAAGCAAAGGGUGCAAGGAGUAUUGGAAAGGGAAAAGCUCGUAAGGAUGUGUACAUAUCAAAGUGGUUCGCUUUCAAGCGAAUGCUUUAUUUAUUAGACAAAGACGAACCGCGAGCAACGUUAGACACAAAGAAGGAAAGCUGCAAUAAGGAAAUUAAUGCAGAACAGCCCAUACCCCACAAAAACCCGAUCGAAAAUACGGAUACGAAUGAAAUUGCUACUCCAGUGCCUCCGAAACGUCGUAAGCGAGCUUACGAAAAAAGGGACGAGGAGAGAUUGGAGGAGGCAUUCAAGAUUUUAAAACAAUCAGUAUCAAAGGAGCAACCGGACGAGUGCGAGACUUAUACAAAACAUAUUGCCAAUAAGCUCCGAAGCUAUAGCAUUCGCACACGUGCUCAAGUGGAGUACGCUAUUAACAAAAUUUUAUUCGAGGCGGAUAUGGGGAUCUGUACUCAGAUCAGGUCUGGUGCACAGCAUCGCGUACAUUAG